AUGGUGCCAUGGGUUCCGCAAAACCCUGAACCUCCUGGCGAUCGCCCACUCCUACGAGAUGCCCCGAGGUGUGCUCCCCCUGGACACCUUGCCCUUGCAGCUCCCCCAGAUCGACGGAGCUCCCUGCAGUCAAAGAAGGUGCUCGUCAUGAAACCGAAGCUGGACACUCGCUUCGGGGUCGGCCUCGUGACGAGCCGGGCUGGGUUGGAGCGUGAGGCCGACGUGCUCCUCACUGCAGAGUCGACCUUCACUUCGGAGGCGUUCUUGGGAGUGAGCUGUGUGCUCGUGGACGAGGCGCAAUUCUUGGACCCCUGCGUGGUGGAGCGGCUUCGACAGGUUGCGACGACCCAAGGCGUGCCGGUCAUGUGCUUCGGCCUGCGAACGGAUUUCCGCUCCCGGCUUUUUCCCGGCUCCCAACGGCUCAUGGAGCUGGCAGACUCCAUCGAAGAGGUCAAGACGACCUGCACCUACUGCAGCAGGAAGGCCAUCAUGAAUCUGAAGAGCGUAGAUGGCAAGGCUACAUUGACAGGGCCCACCGUUUGCCUCGGAGCCGAAGAGCUCUAUGUGCCCGCGUGCUAUCAGCACUUCUGCGAAAAGAUUAUCGCAGCCACGGGCGAAGACAUCGACUUCGACGCGAUUUGGCUGGCAGGAGCAGAAGACACGCCGUGCAAAGCCAAAGCUCUUUGGUGCACGGGCGACGACGCAAGAACAGAGUGUAUGGCACUAGAGCCGGAGACGGAGCAGUCUCCAGAGAAGCAAGGCAAAGCUUAG